CGCGAGGAGGGGCGAGGGUGGCCCGUCGGCACGAGCGCAGACAGCGAGGAACAGCUGCAGAGAGGCUCUCGUUCAUUGAAUUACGCCGCAUAGCUCAUACAAUAUUACUGUUUCUUCCCCAAAAAACGAAUUGCAUCGUCCAAACCGUAGCCAUCCAACAUGGUUGACCGCGAGCAGCUGGUUCAAAAAGCCAGGCUGGCUGAGCAGGCAGAGAGAUAUGAUGAUAUGGCAGCAGCCAUGAAAUCGGUAACCGAGUUGAACGAGGCCUUGUCCAACGAAGAGAGGAACCUCUUGUCCGUCGCCUACAAGAACGUCGUAGGCGCUCGGCGCUCAUCCUGGAGGGUCAUCUCCAGCAUCGAGCAGAAGACCUCUGCCGAUGGCAACGAGAAGAAGAUCGAGAUGGUGAGGGCCUACCGCGAGAAGAUUGAGAAGGAGCUGGAGGCUGUUUGCCAAGACGUGCUCAAUCUGUUGGAUAACUUCCUGAUCAAGAAUUGCAGCGAAACCCAGCACGAGAGCAAGGUCUUCUACCUGAAGAUGAAGGGAGACUAUUACCGUUACUUGGCUGAGGUGGCCACAGGCGAGAAGCGCUCCACCGUGGUGGAGUCCUCCGAGAAGGCCUACAACGAGGCUCACGAGAUCAGCAAAGAGCACAUGCAGCCCACUCACCCCAUCCGGCUGGGAUUGGCCCUCAACUACUCGGUCUUCUACUACGAGAUCCAGAACGCUCCGGAGCAGGCCUGUCAUCUGGCCAAGACGGCCUUCGACGACGCCAUCGCCGAGCUCGACACCCUCAAUGAGGACUCCUACAAAGACUCAACCCUCAUCAUGCAGCUCCUCCGAGACAACUUGACACUGUGGACGAGUGACCAGCAAGAUGAUGAGGGUGGGGAGGGCAACAAUUAAGAGUAGACAAGUUCUUGAUCUAGAAACAUAAAAAUGGCUGGUGGACUUUGGCAGCAGCUUUUGCCAUGGUUUCCUCUGCAGCAGCAGUUCUUUAUUUUUCCACGAGUUAAAAGAAAAAAAUAUCAAGGGUGGUUAAGGGGGGGCUGAAGUCCUAGUUUGAAUAUAUACAGAAAUAUAUAUAGUUGAAUGGGC